ACUACAGGCACAAAAUAUAUUCAUAUUCAAGAAUAUGUACUGUAUUAUAUAAUUCCAUGCAUUCCUCACAGCUAAUUGAAAAUGACUAUUUGGUGGUUUGAACUAAACUGUCAAUUCUUCUGGUAUAACAACAAUAUAUUUCACAGUCCUCAUCUUUUACUUCAUUUUUGAGAUCAGCUCUAACUGAGUCUGGGUUAUUAAAUGCUGCAGUACAAAAACAUUUUACAUUUCAGCUUUUAUACAAGAUUUAAAUAAGUAAAUUUUUGACCAAAUAUAUAUCUAACUAAUAGUGGCACUCAUGCGAGCUGGACAAACAGGCACAGGAUUUUACAAAGAGCAGAUUAAUUUUUAUUUACUUAUCAUAAUGAGAUAAUGAAUAUCCAAAUGACACAAAAUCGUUUAAGGGAAUAGGGGAAAUCUUAGUUAUGAUAAUCGGUCUAUUGAAUAGGUCAUGGAAAAAUAUAUUUCUCACAAGUUAGAAAAGGGAAAAAAGUUAAAAUAUUAAUUAAAGCACAAAAUGAAUUUUUUUUUACAUAUUUCUCUAUUUAAUAUGUGUUGCAUCAUAAAUAUCUGAAUUUGACGCUGAAACACAUUAUGUAUUUUUACAGUUAUGGCGAAGCUUUAUUACCUGGUGAAGGUGCAGCUAUGGCUGCUUAUGUUGCUGAAGGAAAAAGAAUUCCCCGAAGAGGAGAAAUCGGUUUGACAGGUGAUCAGAUAAAAAAAUUUGAAGCUGUUGGUUAUGUUAUGAGCGGAAGCAGACAUCGACGUAUGGAAGCUGUGCGAUUGAGAAAAGAAAACCAAAUUUACAGUGCUGAUGAAAAACGUGCACUUGCCAAGUUCAAUAGAGAGGAGAGACAAAAGAGGGAGUCUAAAAUUAUUUCUCAUUUCAAAGAAAUGAUUAAAGUUGCCAAUGAUAAAAGUUAAAAAUAUGUUUCUGAUUAAUUGUAUUCUGUUCUUUUAAAUAUGAAAGCAUGUAAAUAAAACAAAAUCUAUAUAAACCUUUACUAUUUCAUGUGUUCUUAAUUAUUAAUAGUUUUGUCAAAUUAAAAUUUUUUUUUCCCUGUAGGUAACAGGUUUGGAAGUUUAAAUUCAGGCAAAUUUAAAUUUCCCCAAUUAUCUUAAUUUUGUACUGUUUGAAAGAGAGCCAAAACAAAUUUAUUAACUCUGAAAAUAUUUUGUGUUGACAUGCAUUUAAAAAUCUUUGUCUGGCUGGGUAUUCAGAAAGAUUAUAUUGUACCAAUCUGAAAAUGUUAAUAUUGAUCUCGAUUGGCUGUUCUAUGUCUAUUCAGUCAUCAAAAGAAUUUACACAGAAUGUGUCUGAGCUGCAUUUAAAUAUGUCUGCAAAAUUGAGAACCGAGAAGUUCAGUAUAACAGUUGAAGAUGUCCAAGAUGAAAACACAAAGUUUCA